AUGGUCUUCUCGUCUCUUCCCGCCCUGCUGGCUAUAACGCCAAGGGAAGAUGACCCUGCAUCAGUAGCCCGUUGUAAAGAGAGGCUUGAGUUGCAGCCGGCGCGUGCUUGCAGAGCCCCCCGCGGCGAGGGCGUCCCCGCGGCGGCGGGCCUGCGCGGCGCCGUGCAGCGGCUGUCCGUCAACGGCCGCCUGCUGGAGCUGGGGACAGCGGCGGCGCAGGCGUCGCCCCCCGUGCCGCCGUGGCGCGGGUCGCCCUGCGCGCACCCACACUGCCUGCCGCGCUGUCAGCUCGGCGGCCGCUGCAGCCAAGGUGAUCGUAACGAUUCAAUCAGUGAAAGACCAGUCAAAUUUACGGGAUCCUCAUUUUUCCGCCUUCCAAAUAAAGUAAUAAAAAGGAAGAAGACGGAGCAAGCCAACCGGUACGAGAUCGUAUUCAGGACGAUGGAGUUAAACGGGCUGUUGCUGUGGCUGAGUAAAGGCAGAACGGCUACGAACCACUUCUCCCUGGCGGUCGUGAACGGACAAGUGGAGAUGAGCUUCGGCCUGGGACGGAGGCACAAGCCGCUCCUCAUCAGGUCGCAGGUGUGGGUGAGCGACGGCGCGUGGCACCGCGUGGUGGCGCUGCGGCACCGCUGGAGGGCGGCGCUCAGGGUCGACGCCGGGCCUCCGGGGCGAGGGGCGGCGGCCGGCGGCGCCGCGGCCACGCUGCGCUCCAACGGCUGGCUCUGCAUAGGAGGGUCCCGCUCCUUGCCGCCUGGGUUGCCAAUGUCCUACUACGUCGGCUUCAAAGGCUGCAUCAAGGAACUUCUGGUGUCCAGAAAACAACUCAGCGUCCUGGAGCGAGUUGAUGAACACAAGAACUUCAUUGAAUACUGCCACGAAAACGAAGUGUGAUUGACCAUCGUGCCAAAGGACAGUUGUUAUACAGUUCCUGCGUGUCGUGAAUUCAGUUGGUUUUCAAUAAUACUCUAAACAGUACCUACAGUUUUUAUAUGUGGUGCGCUAUCGUUCUGAUUUUUGAACGAGAGGGAUGCUUUAACAAGGAGAAACUUGUCACCUGUACUAGAUUACUGAGUUUUAUUUAAAUAGCUGAAAUAACCGUUACGUAAAUACUCAACACGUUUCUUAUGUUUCAACGUUUCUUUUCUUCGUUUCCUGUUUUCUUUACGUGCAUUAACGUUGCGGCGGUCAGUGUAAGGAGUGGCAUAUCGUAAUGUGAAAUGUGAUAACAUUCUAGUCCAUAUAACGUGACUGUAUAAUUUUGUGUCAAAUUGUGUGACGUAUAGUGUAUGUGGAGUAGUACUGUCACCGAAUGCGUUCUUGGAACACGAAAGACAUGAUCUGACAGCUACGUAAUUUUUACGAUGUAAAAAGCUAGUAAAAACGGCUGUUCUCGUCCCAACUAGCGUUAAGGCCGGUAGUUGGGCGUUUGCAGUAGCCUCAUUGUUGAACUGGAUUAGAACAGUAGUACCUGGUUGUGUCUACGGACUUCUAAGCUUUAAGAUAUGUGCUCCGAACUUCUUUUUUUAAGUAUUUGCCUCAUACUAGUAACUUUUUUAGUUUCAUGUAUACAAAAUGUAUGUUAGUUCGAGACAUGUGUAAACAAAGUAUUUUUAUAUAUCGAGAAAUAGCAAUAAUUAAUAAUGUAAUUUUAAAAUCAGCGACAAUAAGGUACAAAUAAUACGUGAGCUACCAGUGGGUUGUGGAUUGCUUCUAAUGAUGGAAAAACUGCCACUGAAUCACUCUUCCAUUUUUUAAUACUUGUGUUCAAAUUUAAAG